GAGCUACCUGGAGGGCAGCCUCCUGGCCAGCGGGGCCCUGCUGGGGGCAGAUGAACUGGCCCGCUACUUCCCAGACCGGACUGUGGCCGUGUUUGUGGCCACCUGGAACAUGCAGGGCCAGAAGGAGCUCCCACCGAGUCUGGAUGAGUUCCUGCUCCCUGCCGAGGCCGACUACGCCCAGGACCUGUACGUCAUCGGGGUGCAAGAGGGCUGCUCCGACAGGCGGGAGUGGGAGGCCCGUCUGCAGGAGACCUUGGGCCCCCACUACGUGCUGCUGUCCUCGGCCGCCCACGGGGUGCUCUACAUGUCCCUGUUCAUCCGCAGGGACCUCAUCUGGUUCUGCUCAGAGGUGGAGUGCGCUACGGUGACCACGCGCAUCGUGUCUCAGAUCAAAACCAAGGGCGCCCUGGGUGUCAGCUUCAUCUUCUUUGGCACUUCCUUCCUCUUUAUCACGUCACACUUCACCUCUGGGGACGGGAAGGUGACAGAGCGGCUGCUGGACUACACCAGGACUGUGCAGGCCCUGGCGCUGCCCAGGAACGUGCCGGACACCAACCCCUACCGCUCCAGCCCAGCCGACGUCACCACCCGCUUUGACGAGGUGUUCUGGUUUGGCGACUUCAACUUCCGCCUGAGCGGCGGGCGCGCAGCCGUGGACGCCCUCCUGCACCAGGGUCUGGCGGCAGAUGUGCCGGCGCUGCUGCAGCGUGACCAGCUCCUCCGGGAGAUGCAGAAAGGGUCUGUCUUCAAGGGCUUCCAGGAGGCCGACAUCCACUUCCUCCCGUCCUACAAGUUCGACAUCGGGAAGGACACCUAUGACAGCACCUCCAAGCAGAGGACGCCCUCCUACACGGACCGGGUCUUGUACAGAAGCCGCCAAAAGGGUGACAUCUGUCCAGUGAGGUACUCUUCCUGCCCUGGGAUCAAGACAUCCGACCACCGCCCCGUGUACGGCCUGUUCCGGGUGAAAGUACGGCCCGGGCGAGACAACAUUCCGCUGGCCGCUGGCAAGUUUGACCGAGAGCUGUACUUACUAGGAAUUAAAAGGCGGAUUUCAAAAGAAAUUCAGAGACAGCAAGCACGGAAGACCCAGAGUUCCAGCACUGUCUGCACUGUUUCUUGAAGCCUGCUGGACAAGGACUCACCGAUGCCACGCGGGAGGGCACUGACCGGGAUCCUGAGAAGGCUGGGAGCUGCUGCCUGGUGGCCACUUGCCCUCUGGAGUCCCCACGAGCCGUGGCCGGGGCUGGCCGGGAUGGCAGUGGGGCUGUGGUGACCUGCUCCACCGUGUCAGCAUCCCGCAAGGAGCGAACCCAUCCUGUGACUUGUCCCCACAGGCACAGGUAGACAGCAUGGACCGCCACGCAGCCUCCAGCCACCCUCAGGGGCUAACAUCUGAAUCGGUUCGUCUCAAGCAGCUCCCACUCCCUGGAGGCUGCCGCGGGGCACCCCCUUCCCGCCCACGGGCUCUCCCUUGAUGGCCUGGCUCAAGUCCUCGCGCCCAGAGCAGCAUCUCUAGGUCUGCGGCCUGGCAGCCCCCCACACACCGAGCUGGACCCCUCCACAGUGCAGGAGUCUGGAGGGACGCUGGCCUCAGGCUCCCAGGUACGCCCCAGAGACCGCCUCCAGCACUGUCACCUCUGUCAGGCUGCAGGUCCCUGCAUGGGACUAGCCAGCCUGCGUCCCUGCUUUGAGGGGUCCUAGUUAGAGAGACCACUUCCUGUCUCUUCCCGACAGGCCAAAGCCAGGUGGGAAACGUUUCAUAGUUCUGGUGACUUCAGACCAUCUGCUUUUGAAACCUCAGCCCCAGGUGGACAUCAGUGGAGUGCACAGCCAGUGGGACAACCAGCUUAGGAUGUCCCCACCCCGUCCCCCUGGGCCAGACAAACAUCAUGGUACAGGUCUCCUUAGGGUUUAGAAUUCAUUCUUGCUCUUUGUAUCUUAUCCCAUCUUGGAAAAAAAAAAUGUAGGCUUUGAAUGUGAAAAUCUAGGUACGUCCACUCUAGUCUUUUAAAUUAUUUAUUUUUCCAUAUUUAUAUUUUUAAAUAAAUACAUAUAUUAAAUCCUAAACUUUCUGGCCAAACAUUAAAUCUUAGAAAGAAA